AAGGCCCCGCUCUCUAGCAGCCUUUGUCUUCACAGGGCGGGGGCUCGGCCGUGAUUGACAUGGAGAACAUGGAUGACACGUCAGGCUCCAGCUUCGAGGACAUGGGGGAGCUGCAUCAGCGCCUGCGUGAGGAAGAAGUGGAUGCCGACGCAGCUGCUGCAGAAGAGGAGGAUGGCGAGUUUCUGGGCAUGAAAGGCUUUAAGGGACAGCUGAGCCGACAGGUGGCUGAUCAGAUGUGGCAGGCAGGGAAGAGACAAGCUUCCAGAGCCUUCAGCUUGUAUGCCAACAUCGACAUCCUGAGACCCUACUUUGAUGUGGAGCCUGCUCAGGUCCGAAGCAGGUGAGGAGUCUUCUCAGAAGAGUCUGUCCUCACAUCUAGUCCCUCAUCCAGACUGCAGUCAGAUACUGAGCCCUGAGCUCUGGUGGUGAAAGUGUGUGCAUGCUGCCCAUCUUACCAGACACCGCGCUCGGACAGCACUUGCUGUGUCCUCAUUCCUCCCCAGCUGGGACUCCUAGACAACUCUGCUGGCUUCUACCAUGUGGCUACAUAGAUUUUUAUUCCUGGUCGGUCUCU